AUGGCCGGGCCGGGCCGCGGUCACCGGUCUGAGGGCCGGCCGGCCGGGCCCGGGCCGGUGCCGCAGGGCGCGGCGGACUCGCCCGGAUACCACCGAUCAGUCACUGCCGGGGCCGAGGCCGUGGCAUUGGCCCUUGAACGGCCAGUGCGGGAGAGCCUCCCGGAGUACGGUCGCCGGGAGAGCCCGUUCCAGAGCUGGGCUCUUCCUCCUAGUCUGAAAGUUUGGCCGGAAUGGCCUCUGAUGGGGGUGACUCGCCGACCGAGCGACCCCGGGAAACUUUUGCGUUCAUGUCAACUGGGCUACGGAAGGAAAGGGAUCCAGCUCGUUGAAUCCUGUACAGCAAGAGGGCAGGGGAGUGAGGUGGAGCUUGCGGGCUACCUGCAAGUUAGCGGACAGCACGAGCCCCUGCUGGUAUGGAAGACAUGCAUGGAGCUGCCCUGGUCGCGAGCCGAUCUCCACACAUGCACUCAGACGUUGAGGCAGACGAGUGGCGAAGAGGCGGCGAACAUUGGAGCAGUCGACGAUGCAGGGGAAGAGCUGGAGACAUGCAGUCAACCAGACGUUGAGGUAGCUCGUCAGAGCUUCUGUGAGAGGUCUCCGUCGGCAAUCUCCAACCAUGGGUCGAGCAUCAUGCGCGUGGAGAUGAUUAGAGCUUACUGCUGCAUCGAGGCUGACAAGGGCGGCUCCGUCAACGAGCAGCGAGGACCGAAGUCUGAAGAGGAGGUCGUGUACAGCUCGAUGCUCAUCAACCCUGCUGGUGCUGAGAGAAAGUUGAACUUGGUGUCCCCAGUCUCAGAGAUAGUCUGUGGCCUGCAAGAAAUCAACUUUGUCCACAAGGAGAAGGAGUUUUUAACAAGAUUUUUUGAGAAAUCUGAUGACAAGGACGAAUGUUUCCCAUGCACCUCCAUGUACACCUACAUGUCUUGUUCCUGCGAGCAAGUUUGUUGA